AUUGAUAAAGAAAUGUGAUGCCGAAGGGUUUGCAGAUGGGAGCGGAAGAAGACAAAAGGUUCCUCUCCUUCCCGAAAUAGCUUGUAGGUAAACCUUUGAGGUUGUCAGUGUCAGAUAGUGGCAAUCUAAACACACACUUGUGCUAAAAGGAAGUGAAUAAAUUAGACAUAUGCUUUCUGUGGCUACAGUACACAGGAAAACAAAGCACUGGGAGAUGAAAAUAGAUGGAACAAAGCUUUCUAUUUGCUGGGACACUUUGCAAAGCAAUUCAGAAGGCAGUCUGGAUUGAAGAUUCUGGAAGUUACAUGAGUGGGUCUGGUGCUAGAGAGAAGCGGACCGAGGCUGUGUGAGUGCCAUCUUCUUUCUCCCAUUGUGAGUGGGCCUCACCCAUCCCCAGCAGGUUCUUCCUUUGUGUGAAAUAUCUGCACUUCAAAAAUGGAUGUAGAUAAUCUGAACUAUCUCAAUGGUGAAAAUUCUAUGGAUUUUCAUAAAGUGGUUAUGGUAGGCAUUGGAGGAGUAGGAAAAUCUGCAUUGACUUUACAGUUCAUAUAUGAAGAGUUUGUAGAAAAUUAUGAACCUAACAAUGCAGAAAACUACAGAAAAAAAGUGGUCCUGGAUGGAGAAGAAGUUCAGAUUAAUGUAUUGGAUACGGCAGGACAGCAAGACUAUGGUGCAGUUCAAGACAACUACUUUCGAAAUUCAGAAGGUUUUCUCUGUGUAUUUUCAAUUACAGAUCUUGACUCUUUCGAAGCUACAGCUGAUUUUAGAGAGCAAAUUUUAAAAGUAAAGGAAGAUGAAAAUGUGCCAUUUCUACUUGUUGGCAACAAACUGGAUUUAGAGGACGAAAGACAGGUUUCUGUAGAAGCAGCCAAAAAUAGAGCCUAUCAGUGGAAUGUUAACUAUGUGGAAACAUCUGCUAAAACAAAAGCUCAUGUUGACAAGGCAUUUUUUGAUUUAAUGAGAGAAAUCAAAGCAAGAAAAAUGAAAGAGAAACUUGAAUUAUUCGAAUAGAUGGUGUCAACUCUACUAGGUAGACCAGACCAGGAAAUCAACUUCGCAGGAAGGCGAACACUACUUUUAUUGAGAUCGACUAUAAUAACAGAAUCUUGCAAGUUUGAUUGUGCUGUUCAUCUUCAUCCUUUUUAUCGUUCAGUGAAUUAAGAGGUGCCUGACUGGGCCGCUUCUGAAUGUUAACUGGACAUUCUGGACUUAAAAAAGUGUUUUAUCCCUUGUUGCAUAUCUCUGUCAAGGUCAUUUUCCUUACUCUCUACAGAUGGUGAAUUCAAUCUUCAUUUGUGUCUAUUUGGGGAAAAAAGGGUUUUUUUUAUUGAUGUUUUUAAUUCCCAAAUUGUUUUUCAAUUUUGAAUUAGCUAUAACAAAGGAAGGCAACACUAUUCUACACCAAAAGAAAAAGCUGCUGCAGAUAAAAAUAGGAUUAGUAGCUAAAUUAUCUCUCAAUCUCAAUCAGUAAGUGAUUAUUUAAUCAGCAAAUCUUAAUAAAUGCAUCCUAAUCAGUAAACAUAUUUCUUGAAUGGCCUGUAAUUUACAGUAGUUAGUGUUAGCCCAUGUCACAGCAAGACUUGUUUAAUAGUCCAGGAUUGACCCUGGUACUUAGCAUUAGAAAUAUUGACAAGAAAAUAAACUGAAGAGGGUGCCUGUUUGUUAGUGUC